UCUCGACCGCGCCAAAAAGAAAAAAAAGGUCGGAAAUGGCGGGCAGCGUGUCCGUCAUCCUCUCCGCCUCCGGCUUCCCCUAUCCAUUCCCCUCUCGACCACUCUCCAAAACCCUACUAAACCCCUCCUCCUCCAGCUCCAGGUCGAGGUGGAGGUGCACGCGCCGGAUCCUUCCCGCCUAUGUGUCCCUCCGUGGUGAAAGUCAGAUGCCCCUCCUGCGGCGGCGGCGCGAUGUCUCCGCUGCGUACGGCGACGACGACAUGGACGACGACUUCGGGGACUUCGACCUCGACGACGGGGACGGCGUGGGGGACGACGAAGACCUCGACAACGAGCAGGACUACGACGUCGACUACGACCGCCUCCUCGCCCCCGUCAAGGCGCCGCCGCAGACGCUGUCCAGGGAGGGAGAGGAGGAGGGGGACAUCGCCAUGGUCGCAGCCGAGAGCUUCGUCUCCACCCAGGAGUCCGCCUCCGACACCGUGGUCGACUACUCCGUGGACGAGGACGAGUUCCACAAGAUUCGGCUGCUCCAUUGCGAUUUCCUUAUCCGCAAGGUGCCCGACCCCGACGACGACGUCUUCGACUUUCGGGAGAUGUACGUCACGCCACCAGACACUGACAUCUACUCCAUCCCAAGGGUUCUUGCCCCAAUGCCACAGAAGUAUGUGAGGUGUACGAAGAAAAAUUUUGGUCGCUACCAUGUCAGUGAGCCACCAGUUGAGUAUCUACGUGAUCCUCUCUACAAGACAGAGAGGGAGAUCAUGAAGGUUUUUCUAACAAAACAUUACAGAAAUAGGCGGUGUAAUGAUCCAGAUUUUUUUCUUGACUUUGAAGAGAUUUAUGUUAUUGACUCAAAAACAAGGUCAAUCACAAGAGCAAAAGUUGUGGUUAGUGUCCCUGAAGGAAAGAAGAGGGACAGGAAAAACGACUUGCUACUUAUACGAGAUGGAGGGGAAUCGUUCAGAAUAAUUGACAAGACGAAAAGGGAUGAUGCUACCACUGUGAUCCAAAGAGAAGAGUGGGCAACGUCAAGGCAAGAUGUGGAGAAGCACUUUAGGAAGCUCCGUGAUUUUGACUACUCGAAUUGGUUUUGAAGAAAUAGUAGUUGGAAUUAUUUAGCAGAGAAAUGAUUUUUGUUGCUUUUUCAGCUGCUUAUAUUAGAGCAAGCAACCAUGGUGUUCAAGUGAGAGUUGCCAUCUUCGACUUCGAGUAGCGUUGUUUUGUGUAAUUUAGGUGUUUGCAUCAAGUAGAAGUUAUGCCACUUAGAGAGCACAUCAGUACAAAAAACUGAAAAAUAUGAUCUUGUGAAUGCAUUACUUGUUGAGUAGCCAACUUACAUGUGGUCACUGAUCCCCUGUCCAUGCAGGAAAAAAAUACAUUUGUUCUUGAUAGUACCGGAAUAUAUAUGCUUGGAUUCAUAAUUUCGUUUGU